GCUCUGUAGUGUUGUGGUGCUUAGGUGUAGUGCCCACUUGGAUUACUUUCACUCCUAAACGAUAGAGUGACCGAAUGAGGAUCAGUAUGUCGUCCCAGCCGGGGCGCCUGGCGUCCAUCUGCCUUGCUGUCCUCGCUCUCCUGCAGGGAGCGACGAGCGACGCCCCGCUGUUGGACUCGUCAGCCUUGCCGUUAGAGCACCGCGCCGUGUACGGGCCCCCGUUGCCGGGGCCCCCAGCCCCCCAGUACGGGCCCCCGCCCCCAGUCUCCGGGGGUGGUGACGACCCCUGGCCCCUCGCCACUCCUGACAUGCCACAGAUCAAGCACCUGCAAGUACAGUGCGAGAAGACGCACAUGCGCGUCAACAUCGAGUUCGACCGACCCUUCUACGGAAUGAUAUUUUCUAAGGGUUUUUACAGUGAUCCUCACUGCAUCCAUCUAAAGCCCGGUAGCGGUCACCUGAGCGCCACCUUCGAGAUCUUCCUCAACUCCUGUGGAAUGUCUUCAUCUGCCAACCACAACACCGGGGGUGGCUACUCCACACCCAGCGGCAGCUACGUGGAGAACACCAUCAUCAUCCAGUACGACCCCUACGUCCAGGAGGUCUGGGAUCAGGCUAGAAAGCUGAGGUGUACUUGGUACGACUUCUACGAGAAGGCAGUCACCUUUCGGCCCUUUCAGGUCGACAUGCUCCACGCCGUCACCGCCAACUUCCUCGGAGACAACCUGCAGUGCUGGAUGCAGAUACAGGUGGGCAAGGGACCCUGGGCAUCAGAAGUGUCCGGAAUCGUGAAGAUCGGACAGACCAUGACCAUGGUGCUGGCUAUCAAGGACGACGAAAACAAGUUCGACAUGCUGGUGAGGAACUGUGUGGCCCACGACGGCAAGAGAGCGCCCAUCCAACUGGUCGAUCAGCACGGAUGUGUCGUCAGGCCGAAGAUUAUGAGCAAGUUCCAGAAAAUCAAGAACUUUGGACCUUCAGCAUCAGUAGUGAGCUUCGCGUACUUCCAAGCCUUCAAGUUCCCAGACUCCAUGAACGUGCACUUCCAGUGUGUCAUCCAAGUUUGUAGGUAUAACUGCCCCGAGCCUCGUUGUGGUAACGACUACGGUCUCCCCGCUCUAGGAGGGUUAGGUGGCGAGUACGGACCUCCUCCUCCAUCUGGAAACUCAAUCCACUCUGAAUACGGACCUCCACCACUGCCCGAGUACGGUGCCCCAGCGGCAUACCCCGACCCCAGGCAUCCUUCAGGCCCAGCUGGCGCUUACUCCGAGAACAAACCCGAAGUGCUGCCUCCACCUUCUUCUACCAGCAAUCCUAGCAACCCCAACAACCCUGCCGGUCUGACCAACCCCUCGUCACCCUCUCCACAGAAGACCUCCCCUAGCAACGUCAACCUCAACAACGACAACGACAUCAACCUUCCCCCUCCACCUCUGCCCGGACAGUUCGCCCAGUACACCACGGUCAAGAGGAAAGGAGGAGUCAGUGACGAGCUGGAGGGCAACCUCGCCACUCUCGGGGGACGACCGAGGAGUGUCGAGAACCUGUCCGACCUCCAGGGAGCCAGGAGACGACGAGCCACAGACACCGUCCACACGGUGGUGGUCACCAGGAUCUACAAGAGAGAGGCUCAAGAGAUGACGGACGUCAACACGAGUAGAACUAUCCAGGUGGUGUCUCCCGGAGAUGUCAACUUCGCGUUGAACGCCGGAGCCGCCAACAACGAGACCGUGGUCGUGUCGUCGACCAGCGGCCUGGACGACAGCGUUUGUAUGAGCAUUCCCAGCUUCGUGGUGGGGCUGGUGAUGUUGCUGGUGGUGCUGGUAGUGGCGUGCCUGGUGGCGGCCUUCCUCUUCGUCAGAGUCAGACAGAUCGACCGUAAGGGAGUGACGACGACGUUCGUGCACGGCGGAUACGACAACGCCGAGUUCGUCAAGAUGUCCAGCUAGUGUCGCCAGACUGAUCCGUUGCCAUAUCCUCCGGCCGCGGACAGACCUCCUCGACGCGGAUCCUCGUCCGAGGCGGUCUGUCCGCGUUGCUGCUGAGUGCCGCGCACCGCGCUCUACAGUGCCGCGCUACACAGUCGAAAUGAUCCCAAAGAUAAACACAGUGUUCAGUGACUAGUGAACCGAGUUAGUUGUUAGGCCUCGGGCCCUUGUAUGGUCUAUGAUCAGCUCAUAUUUAUUUUUCACCCUCUUCGUCAUCGCCCCUCUUUUUCGUCCCUCUCUCGUUAAUUUAUUAUUCACUCCUCUUCCUUUCGCACUAAUGUAUCAUACCAUUUCAUCCAUCUUUCUCGUUGCUCGUAACGAAUUAUGUUAAUGUUUAGGCUAAGUGAAUGUUUUGUUAAUCUUGUAAAGCCGAUUAAACAAAUUAGUGACUGUA